AUCACAACUUAAUAUAAAACUUCUUACCUUCAAACUUAUGAACAUUUCUGUAGGUUAUGUUUGACGGUACAACAAUAACACAAUAUGGCAUAAAAUAUAAAUAGUUCUAUAACCUGGAUUACUUUUAUUUAAUAAAAAAGUGUUAACGAGCCCAAUAGCAAUAUUAUCAAGGAUGGAUGUCAGUAUAUUAUUCAGAGCUUGCGUUAAAACUGUUAGUUUACAGGAAAAAAAUGUAGGAUCACCUAGUUUAACAAAACCAUUGAAAAAGACUAGAAAUAAAAGUGCUUUUUAUAUUAAAACCCAAGCAGUGGUUGGUCAAAUAACUAAACUCAAAGAAUUUAUAUUAGAAAAUCGUAAAGCUUAUUUGAAUUUUACCAAUUAUCUUACCAAUAUACCACGUAUGACUGAUGCGGAUCGUGAUCAAAUAGAUGCAGGAGCACAAACAAUUAUGAGUACUUGUUCGCAACUUAUUAAAGAAUUAAAAAGAGAAAUUGCAUUUUCAGAAGUUUCUAGACAAAAUAUGGAACAUCGUGAAAUUGUUUUAUUAUUGAUCGAAGAUUAUUUGAAAAAUGUUUGUAAAAUUUAUUCGGAACAAAAAGCAAUGCGAGUCAAACGAGCCUUAGAAAUGAGAACUAUUUCUAAACUUGAAUUGGAUGGAAAAUCGAAUAAAGUUAUAUCGAUGGAUAAUGAUAAAAGGUCCGCUUCAAAUAUAACAGUAAAAAGAAAUAAUAAUACAGAAAAUCAAAAUAAUUCGAGCAAAUCAAAUCCUAUGAAAGUUCAAGAAAUUAAUGAAGAUGUUAAUACUCUUUUAUAUGAAGAAUUGUCACCCGAAGACAUUCAAAUGUUUGAAUCAGAAAAUGAACAAUUGUAUAAUGAACUUAGUACAAUAACGGAGGAGGUCAGACAAAUUGAAAGCAAGGUAGUUCAUAUAGCUGAAUUACAGGAAAUAUUUACAGAAAAAGUAUUAGAUCAAGAUAAAGAUCUUGAUCGUUUAAUGACAACGGUCGUUGGAUCUACUGAAAAUGUUAAAGAAGCUAAUGAACAGAUUCGACAAGCUAUUCAAAGGAACGCUGGACUUAGAGUGUGGAUUUUAUUUUUCCUACUUGUUAUGUCAUUUUCUUUACUUUUCCUUGAUUGGUAUAAUUUAUAAAUUAAAUUAUUUAAAACAUUACAAUACAUUAAGAUAGAGCAAAGACAAAUAAACAUUAUUCUAUGAGAUAAAUGUUAAUGUAAAUACAAUACAUAAUGAGACUUGUA